CUCAGCUGAAAAUCUAUAUCUUUCAUGGAGAACAUCUUCCGGGUACGCCAGCGGAUUCUGGCGGUCCCGAAAUACCCGUGCCCUCCGGAGAGAGCCCCUCACAAUCCGCGCGCCAAUGUCGUAUGGGUCGUCCAAGUACGCUGUCAUUGUCAGGAGGACACGUCCGCGGAGGAGUGCUGUUUAAAUAGAGCGUGGUUAAUUGGAAUCAUGAUGUUAAGCAAGAUCUAACUCUGACACGACCAGGUUUGGCGUGUGGCGUGUGUUGCCAUGGCAACACUUCUCGGUUCCAACAUAUCCACCUUUCGUAGUCUCGCAUAGCCGCGAAUUUACGUCGCACGUGAUAAAGUUACUCUCGAAGUUACCCUGCUAAGCCAGAAAACCGGCUUCGUAGUAUAGGCCAUAGGUUUAACUAGGAAUACAACAAAUGUAGGUGAGCAUUGAUACCGAGGCAGAUUAAAAAAACGUGUAUUGAAACCAAAACAGUGGAUGAACUGUUCAAUUUACAGAGUAGAAAUAACAGGAACACAAUCUCAUUCCAGCAGAAAUAUGGUCAAAAGAUAUGCUUUUCCGACGACCACAGCCAUCCGUUGUGCCUUUGUGAUCUUUGAUAUUUGGUCCCUUUUAUUGGUCCUCAAUGCAGGAAAGCGGUGAAAAGUGAGUGCAGUUUUCUUCACCCGCCUUUUCCGGCGUGGGAGACGCUGUUGCACCCAUCUCUCCCUCUCGUUGCACUCGGUAACACAACAAUACACACUCAUUGUUUUCUUUUGAAUACAACGAAGCUUAGCACUGCCACAAGUUAACAGUCCGCGUUGAGUCUGCCGGACCGGAAGUAAAUCAUGUAGCCAACAUGGUGGCGUAUCCAAACAAUAAUGUAGUACGUCCCAUUUCCUAUAGACACCAGGCAACACUCCGGAAAGCAUUGAUCUCUUUUGCUCUUCAUUUACGAAACUAGUAUUAGCAUAGUUCGAGCGGACGCCGAAUUGCUGUUUCAAAUCAUCAAGACAUGGAUUUGACGUGCGAAGAGGGCCGCGGGUGAGCUGCAGCCUACCCCAUCUGAUUUUGGAUGAAAACCAGAGUGCACUCUGGCUUGGUCAUCAGUUUGAUGCAAUUAUGCAUUAAAGGAGUGUUUUGAAGUCUCCUCUUGUCAGUUGGACCAAAGGUUUCCAUUUGAUGGGAUGACAAAACAUGAGUCAUUCCAACGAAGACGCUCCCUCAGCCGGCGCCACACAGCAGAAGAGGAACAUCCAGAUUAUCGAGUGGGAGGACUUGGACAAAAAGAAGUUCUAUUCUUUUGGGGUGUUCAUCACCUUGAGCAUCAGGGCCACGGUUUACCCGGCCACCCUCAUCCGGACUCGGCUGCAGGUGCAGCGGGGAAAGUCCCUUUACGGCGGCACCUUCGACGCCUUUGUCAAGAUCCUGCGGGCGGAAGGCGUCCGUGGCCUCUACCGCGGCUUCAUGGUCAACACUUUCACCCUCAUCUCAGGUCAGGCAUACAUCACCACCUACGAGCUGGUGAGGAAGUACGUCUCCAAGUACUGUGAUGACAACACGGUCAAGUCGGUGGUGGCGGGCGGCUUGGCUUCCAUGGUGGCUCAAAGCAUCACUGUCCCCAUAGACGUAGUGUCACAGCAACUCAUGAUGCAGGGCCAAGGGGAGCACCUCAGCCGCUUUCGCCCGUACGUCCACACGGACGCCACCGGCAAGCCAAAACGGGUGUUCGGCCAAACCAGGAGCAUUGUGGCCCAAAUAUUUGCUGCCGAUGGUUUGCCAGGUUUCUACAGGGGAGCCCUUGCUUCUUUACUCACGUACAUCCCAAACAGUGCUGUGUGGUGGCCUUUUUAUCAUUUUUACGCAGAGCAGCUUUCAAAACUGGCCCCCUCUGACUGCCCUCACCUGGUUUUACAAGCCAUGGCCGGACCGCUGGCUGCAGCCACCGCCUCCACCGUCACCAACCCCAUGGAUGUCAUCAGAGCCAGAGUGCAGGUUGAAGGGCGCAGUUCAAUCACCGAGACCUUCAGGCAGCUGAUCAAGGAGGAGGGCUUUUGGGGAAUGACCAAAGGACUGUCGGCCCGCAUCAUUUCAUCCACCCCCACUGCCAUCGUCAUGGUGGUCGGCUACGAGAGCCUCAAAAAACUAAGCUUGCGGCCGGAGCUAGUGGACUCCAGACAUUGGUAGAAACGCCUUGGCACUCAAUUCCACUUUUUUAGUUGGAGUUGUCACAGCUACUGUUUUUUUUAAUUUAUUUUUUAAAUUUUUUUUAUUAUUAUGAUUAUUUUUUUUUUUAUG